AGGUCAAUGCUUUUGUUUGAUUAAUAUGUGCUCCGUUCAGCUCUUCUCGUUGAGUCACUUUAAAGAUGAGAACAGGAAACUACUGUAUCCAAUGGAGGAAAGUUGAAAGGAAAAGUAAGACUCACUGUGCAUUAGACUAUCGAGGUUGCCAGAGGACAAGGGAAGCUAGACGACCGUCACAUGGUCAGGUGGGCAACAACACAACAUGUUCAGUCCUUCAGGGCAACACCAACACAGCCAUCGUCUGACUGGGAGACAAAAAUACAGACAAACUACUUCUCUCCAUCCUUCGACACAGGGAAGCUGACUACACGAUGUCUACACUGGGAAGUGUGGCUUGUGCCUCAAAUCAGGAAACGGAAAGUCAAAUGUUUAAUAGUUGUAACCAGAGUGGUACGAUAUUCGUUUCGCAUUUCCACUAGAGAUACAGAUACAGUCACCAAAUGUGAAAUAUUUUUCUUUUCUGUGGAGAGGGAAGAAGUAUUCAUGCCUGGGUGUGUUCGAACUUGAGAAACAUUUCUCAUUGUCCCUACGGUGAUAUCAAACAAACGUUUGCGAACUAAACAGCAUGUCAGUCUUUUUGUAGAGCUGGUUUUAUAAAACACUUUUUGUUGAAAGAGGUAAAAGACAAUUUCUAACGAAGGACUCGAAACGAGGAAGACGACAUUGGAGUGUUUGAUAGCGUGUGUGGACAUCUUAUCAUCGUUCCUGAAAAGAAAACAAACGACUGAAAUGAAACAAAUGACUGAAAUAUUAUGCCUGUAGUCUCCAUCAGCCGUCAAGACUUUGAAGAAAUGGUGGACCUGAAAUGAUUUUGGUAGAGAAACGAUGGGCGAGAAAGCUAGCAUCGAUACUAACAGUCCUGAAGACUGGCCCAAGCCCGUCGUAUUUGUUGUCGUCGGCGUUGCUGGGUUUCUCAUUCUCAUUGUUGGUUUGUGCAUCUUCAGAAGAAAUAGAACUGCCAGAGGGAUCUUAGCUCGUGGUGACAACAUCUCACGCGCAGUCAGACAACCGCACCAAGAUACUGGACACGGAAGUACUGAUGUGAGAAUACCCAUGACCUCCGCUGACCCCAAGCAGGACUCUGAUUGCCACCUGUACGCCAACGUGGAGGUCAGCCGGGGAGACAAUCGGCGCCAAUACAUCUCCAUGCACAUGAGAACCGCGGAAUAUUCCGACAGGUCCAAGAGUGUCCGACAGUCGGCGAGAAACAAGUUCAAGUCUCGCUCCUGUGUCGUCUCCUCUCAGACAAGGGACUCGCUGGACCCUGAGCCCAUCUACCUCAACACUUCGUUCAAACCAAAAAUGUCAAGAAGAAAAAACCGAAAACUGUGGUACACUACGAGGAAGUUGAAAAUCCUUAUGUUAAUUGAAUCAUUGGGGGAUAGCUACAUGAUAGUAGGACUACUUUACAUUAAAAAAUUGCUUAGGAGACAUAGUCUCUGCUCACGCCAUCUGCUGGUCGCGCCAUUCUCGGGAAAAUGAAACAAGAAAUAAUGCAUCGGACAUUUGGUUUCCUUGUAGUGUACUUGAGAAGUUGUGACCUCAGACAAUUGUGGACAAACUUCGGAGAUGUUUCCGCGUGCAGAUCAUCGCACAUUUUUCAGAAAACUUCCUGAAGAUUUCCGGUCAUGACUUUGUUCUGUCUGCCCAGGACUCGUCUCCCACACCACAGCAGUUGAAAGUAGGCGGUGGGAACAUGGCUGGGUCGUUUAUGAAACAGAAACAACGGCGUUGUCAAUAUGUCGACUUUUCGAUGAAAAGUGUAGAUAAGCGGUCAUAAAGGUAUUUGUUUCAGUGAAACAUUAAGAUGAAGUUGAUAUUUUGUUUCAGGCUCCUUCUUUGUGUAUAAAACUGUUUUUAUUUUAA